AUGGGGCCGUCGGGCGGCCGCCUUAGGGUGUUCUUUGGCCACUUUGGGAUGGUGCACGCGAUAGACUCGAUGUGCAACUCGCGCCGACGCCAUCUCCGCAGCAACUACGCAGCGGAGACGUUAGUUGCCAUCAACAUGGAAGACACCUAUAUACGCAACCUUUACCACCGCACAGGAGUUGAAGCACAGAUCAGUCAUCACGACCGAGCCAACGAGAGCCACAGUCAGCGUAAUAUUGUGGAUAGUGGGAUUUCAACGAGCAUGUUCAAUGUUCAUGCAUCGGGGGGGCGUUACGACACGUGCGGCAGAGCGUGCAAGCAACGUGCCCCGUUUGAGAGUGAGGAGUGA